AUGACACGGCAGGCGGCCGACUUGCGAGAUGAAACGACGCCAUUGCUCUCACACAGUGACAGCGUUAGUGACCAGAGGCGGUGGUCACUGGCACGUCGUCGAUCUUCGGCCUUUCUUUCCUUCCUCUCGGAGCCCGAGGACAAGGACGGCGACGAGUAUGUCGACUGGAAGCGAAAGCGUUCCAUCUUCCUCAUCGUCGGCCUCAGCACGCUAUACAACGUUGGAACGGGCAUCUCGCAUUCUUACAUCAUUGAGCUCGUCCAGACGCUCGCGUGCGCCGAAUACUACUAUUCUCCUUCCUCCGACGGAACCACGUUUCCUACGCUUCCCUCGACCGAUGAUCCAUUCGUCUGGUGCUCGAUCGCGCCCGUCGACAAGCGCACCAGCCAAAUGGGCACAUACAUGGACACAUUCAGCAGUCUGACCGCUUGCGUUGCAGCGCUUGUUCUUGCCAAAACCGUCUUGCCCCGCGUCAGUCGAAGGACGAUCGGGAUUGCUCUGCCGCUACUCGCCGCGCUCUUUUCCAUGCUUAUAGCUCUGAUCCCAGCGCAUUACUCAUUCGAUGCCGCCACACCCCCUAGCUCGAAUCUCCAUCCCACCACCGGUCUCCACCUUCUCCUUUUACUUUAUGUUGUUGCCGGCCUGCUCGGUGUGCCUCAAGUCGCACCUUUGCUUCUGUCUCAGGUCAUGGUCCUCGAUGUGUGCAGGGACGACGAGAAGACUUCUGCUUUUGCCUUUGUCUAUGCUGCCCUGACCUUGGGCAUGGGAUGCGCAUCCAUCUUUCUACGAUUCGUGCUACCCGUGUUUGGCCUGGACUUUAGCGUACUGCGCCACACGGGUCCCUUUUCGCCUUUCUGGAUGGUUGUCAUCAGCCAUGUGGUCACGUUGAUUCUCGCCAUCCUCUUUCUCCCGGAAACAAAGCCGAAGGCAUCCGCACAGUCACGCCCUCGCACCAGCUCGGUCUCUAGCGACGACGAUCUCUUGGCAGACACGCAAAUUGCAGAGGCUCAACAGCAGUCGACUACACCAUCGACCACCGAACGUCGAUCCUCGACUAAAGCUGUUUGGGAGACUACCAAAGAAACGCUGUCUCUAUUCAGCUACCUAGUUCCUUACAAGCCCUCUCCGGAUGCUAAGAGGGACUUCAAGCUUCCGCUUAUGCUGUGUGCUGUCAUCACAUGCGACACGAUCACAACGGUCUGGGGCAAUUUGAUCGUCUUUUGUUCCACGCAUCUUCGCUUCGGUCCCAAGGAAGUGGCCACGCUUCUGGGAAUCGUCGGUGCUGGCAGGGGUCUGUUCAGCGCCGUAGCCUUGCCCUUCGUCGUCAAGGCUGUGCGACGCAUAGUGGCAAGCAAGAUGAGGCAAGAGCUGCGAGAGUCCUCUGUCGAGGAAGUCUCGACCGAGACGCGACACAUCAAGCGCGAAGAGUCCGUCAUUCGCACUGACAAACUAGUUGCAUCCGGAUCGCUGGUUUGCGACUCUUUGGGAUUCCUGGCAAUGAGCAUUGCGGCGUCUCAUUUGUCAGCCAACGGCAUCUAUGGUAGUGCCACCUUCCUGCUCGUGGCAUCGGGGGCCUUGCCUGCCAUUCAAGCCCUCUGUGUGGACUUUUUCCUCGCGCAGAACCGUCCCACCGACGACCCCGUGGCUGCACGAGACGCCUUUGUUAGUUUCGUCAGCUUGCUGCUGUCCAUCAUGAUGACAGUUGGGCCGCUGAUCAACAAUGCCAUCUAUCAAUGGUCUAUCGAUCAUUCAGUGUCGUUUCUGGUGUUCCUCUGGACCGCUACGCUGUCGUUGAUCACGCUCAUGUUUGUCACUUUGGCCGGCAUCCUUUAG